UUCGGGAGUGCGACAACGCAGCCUGCGCUUCAAUUAAGCAAAGUAAAUUCAGCACCAUGCUGCUUUUGUUUCUCUGGUGGAUGGCGGGCUACCUAAUACUCGUCUCUGGGGGCACGAGCACCCCGCUCUAUGCAUUGGAAAAUGCGAAUGUGGGCAAGUGUCUGGACUACUGCCACUUGAAGAACCUGCGCUUCCUUCUCUGUUUGGAUACGGAUGGGCAGCUGUCCAACAGUCCCUACAAGGACUGCAAUCGGGGAUUCUGCGAGGCCGAGGACUUCGAAAUUGAAUAUGAGACGGAGGACAGUUCGGAGGAGAUGCGCGUUAAUCGCGUGGAAAGAACGAGAGUGGGAGAAAAGGCCCAUCUCAGAGAUCUGUGUCUGAAUGACAGGGGAAUCCCAAUCCGUCGCAGGUGCCAAAUUCGAGGUGGUAAAAUAGUGUGGCAAAAAAUGGAUCACAUUACCUGUAGAUCGGCCCCGGAACUAAGCACAAGUAUUAACCUCCUGGCUGUGAAGAGUCCACCGGACAUGAUCAGCCAACUGAGUGGUCUUUUGACUCAAUCUCAGGCGAAACUCGCUGCUGCCGAUGUCUUCAGUAUCUCCGAAAUAUUCGACUCCCUCGUGAAGAAGCCGGAGAGAAAAGCUGAGGUUGUCGGUGACCUUAUGAAGAUUUGCCAGAAGGUGAUGUCCACCGACAACGAAACUCUUCGGGUUUCAGCAGAUGUCAAUGCCACAAAUUCCCUUCUGAGCAGUUUCGAGGACUACCUGGAUUCACUAAGCCCAAAAACGUUGCAGGAAAAUCUAAGGGCAUUUAGCAACAGUUCAGAACUGAAGUUCGAGCCCCAUUUUGAUAAGGGUGUUGUGGUUCUUAAAACCAGCGAACUGAGUGUGUUUUUUGUAGAUCCAGACGUGAUGAACGUGACUGGGAUUGCAGUUUUCUCAAAUGGCACUUCGUCGAACUUUAAAGCGCUUCAUUCGUUUGACAUUCAGGAUGACAUAAGGGCGGUUGAGAACUUGGAGACUGCGGUCUACUUACCUGAGAGUCUGUGGAGGAAACUGAAACAAAAGGGAGCAAUUUACCUGGUUUUCAAGGUCUACACCCGAGACGCCCUUUUUGUGGAGACGAGGGAAAAUCCCAAGCGCCGCCCAACUAGCAAUGUUAUCUCUAUAACCAUUCCGGGUCUAAAAGAUACCAACCUGCCAGAAAAGAUGCCGUUUUUCCUACGAAACGGAAAUACGAACCAAACUGAAGCCGAGGGUGGAUGUGGAUACUGGAACUACGCAACCUGGCUCAGUGAUGGCAUAUCCACCUCCGGCAGUGGGAGCUUCGACAAGUCAUCGCACCCGGUCAUCCUCUGCCAUGCGGACCACCUCACCCAGUUCACCUUUCUGCUGGGAAUUAGUAAAAUGCAGCCUGGUCUGGACACCUACGAGGACGACAAGGCCCUGGAUAUAAUCACCAAUGUGGGCCUGACCCUGUCGCUCCUGGGACUCUUUGCUAUUUUCCUGACCGCAGCGGUCUUCAAAAGCUUCAGGGCCUUGGCCUCUACGAAGAUUCUGCUGAAUCUGUGCACUGCCCUGGGUCUUCAGUUGCUGUUCUUCCUGGUUUUGAGCCUAAGCGACCAACUGGAGCAGUUGGAUCUGAAUAAAUUGGACCACUGCACACUGAUCGGAGCCGUGAUGCAGUACCUGCUCCUGGUGGUCUUCAGCUGGAUGUUCAUCAUUGGCUUCCUGCAGUAUCAGCGGUACGUGAGGGUCAUCGGGGUCAACCACCCGAGGCACUACAUUCUAACAUCAGCCAUUGCGGCCUGGACCUUGCCACUGAUUCCCACCUUGAUGGUGGUUUUCCUGGAGCCCGAGUGCUACGCACCCAGUAAUGCCUCCCAGAACUCUCCCAUCCUCUGUUAUCCUUCGGGGUACGGACUCAGCUUGGGAGUCAUCCUGCCCAUCGGCCUGAUCACAGUGGCCAACGCGGUAAUGGUGGGAUACAUCACCUGGAGUGUCUACAAGACCCUCUUCACCAGGAAUCUGAUUUUCAAGCAGCUCGGCCUCUUCGUGCUGCUCUUCUUCCUCCUGGGAGUCACGUGGAUCUUCGGACUGUGCACCUACUUCGACUUCGGCCGGAUCUUCGCCUAUCUCUUCUGCCUCACGGCCACUCUGCAGGGGUUCGUGCUGUUCCUCUACUUCAUUGCCUUCAACAAGGACAACCAGCGAGCCUGGAUCGGCCUCUGUUGCAAUAUCCGCAGGAAGGGCGACCAAGAGACCAUCGAGAUGCCCACCGACUCGAUUCUAAAGGGCCUUACCCAGUCAUCAACUCAUAGUACCAGUAACUAAGUGUAGCAACUAAGUAGUAUUUACGCUUAUUUUUAAGAAAAUAAAAUUAUCAAGCGAUUUUCAUAAGGGUU